UGCCGUCACGCGUUUCAAUCCAUUCACACUGCUCUUGACUCUUCUUUCUACAUCGCUGCACACACUCUCCCCAUAUCCUACCCGUAGUCCAAUUCCCUGUGUUGUGGCACCAGGUUUCACAGCAGCAACUCUCAGCCUCACAGCUCAAACGAAGCUGACACAGCGACGCUCGUUCGCCAUCCGGGCUCAGCGGCCGCUUCACAACCUCCACACCACCUCCAUCUCCCAGACACCGCACCCUCAUCACUCGCACCACAACAGCCACCUAGCGAUCCACAUUCCAGUCGCGCGCGACUAGCAACCUUCGAGACAUAUUCCUUCCUCCAUAAUGGCCACUUCGCGCGAUCCUCCAUAUGACCCCUACAUUCCCUCAGGCGGCGCCGGCGGCCAACAGGGCGCCCAGGGCCAGAAUGGCAACCACCGCACUGCAGCCCUCCAAGCGGAAAUCGACAGCACUGUCGGAAUCAUGCGGGACAACAUCAACAAGGUGUCUGAGCGGGGAGCUCGCUUAGACUCGCUGCAGGACAAGACGGACAACCUCGCUGUAUCCGCCCAGGGCUUCCGAAGGGGUGCAAAUCGUGUGCGCAAGCAGAUGUGGUGGAAGGAUAUGAAGAUGCGCAUGUGCCUCAUUGUUGGCAUCAUCAUCCUGCUCCUCAUCAUCAUUGUUCCCAUCGCUGUCCAUUUCGGCGGCAAAUAAACGUCUACAUGCCCCAAUACCACGAAACAUACCCCAUAUAAUAAUCACGCGGAGGAGUGGGAGUUGCAUAGCCUUGGGAGCGAGGGAAAUGUGGCUACGAGUUGCUUUAUGUUCAACGACACCGACUCCUGUAGGAUCUACGUCUACGGCGAAUUGGGGAGCGAUGAUCGGACCCCUUGUUGUUUUUCUUUGCAUUGGAACGGCCGGCCUGUAGGAAUGGGAUGCAGUUUCUGUGUCCCAUCCACGGGAGCUGCUCCGCCUCUGACACGAUACCUUGACUGCCUAGCUUAAGGCCUGGCAAUAGACGAUCAAAUGGAGUUUACACAUCUCGG